AUGUCGGCAAACAGUCCCCCUUCGAAGCGGCUGAAACUGGGAUCAUCGCCUCCUUCCUCUGGCAACCUGCAAGCUGGUGUGAUGCAGAAAUCUGCGGCGGAAGAGGAGGCCGAUGCAGACGUCGAACACUGUAGCAUCUGCCUGCAACCCAUAGUCGACAGAGCGGUUAUACCCACUUGCUCACAUGAGUUCUGCUUUGAAUGCCUCUUGGUCUGGACGGAGCAAUCACGCCGAUGCCCUCUGUGUUCACAGACAAUGGGGGAGUAUCUCAUUCACCACAUUCGCUCCAAGUACGACUAUCAGAAGCACUACCUUAUCCCACUUCGCACGUCUCCCCACCCGCUCGCUGCACAGCAAAAUGCAAGGAGACGGGCACAGGUGAGACGCGAGCACGAGUGGGGGAGGAGACAACGGAGAGCGUGGGAGGAGGCCGACGAGCUGCAAAGAGCCAUUGAACGACGAAGAUGGGUGUAUAGGCAUAAUUUGUAUGCGAAGCAUGUAGCUACGAAUUCAUACACGCACUAUCGGCCGUUUCCUGCGCCCGCGCAAUUUUCAGCAGAUCCCGUUCUCAUCAGUCGUGCCACGGCCUUCAUUAGACGUGAGCUACAAGUGUGGGUUGGUCUAGAUGUUGAGUUUUUAACGACGUUCACGCUGUCGUUGAUGAAGUCGCUGGACAUACGCUCGGAGCCUGCUAUAAGACUCCUUGCAGAAUUCCUGGACAUGGACUCAGGUGGGUCGCGCGUCAACGCGGAACAUUUCGCACACGAACUCUAUUGUUAUCUACGCUCGCCUUUUCGCGACAUCGGAGUGUACGACUCAGUUGUCCAAUAUGAUGCGCCAGAGAACCUGUCUUCCCCAACUUUCCCUGAGCACAGCAGGAGGUGGGGUCCACGCUCUCGUUCGCGCUCCCAUUCCCCCUCUUCCUCGUCUUCAAGCGUCAGCAUACGCUCUUACUCCCGUUGUGGUUCAUCGUCACCAUCCCCGCCACAAAUCGUACCGUUAAGCCCCCCGGCGCGCAGGCAGCAGUCGUCGUCUCACGAUGGACAAGUUACCCGCUUAGAUGCGAGGCUCUCCAGAUCUCGUCGACGCUCAUCUCAGGCCGUACUUGAGCACCGCACAGACAGAAAAUCGCACCGUCGGUCUCACGAACGUGGUCGCGAGGCUCCAUAUCGACGUCAAAACGGGAGUCGUGGCCAGUCUCGGGACCGUGAGCGAUUACGCAGUCACAGUUGUCGGUACGAGGCAAGUGCUGAGCUAGUAUCCGACGACGGCGGGUACCGUGAUGCGAAGGGGAAGGGGAAAACCCGUGCAGACGGUGGGGAACUUGACGAUGCGCGAGUACGGUUUAAACGCGAUGUCGACGAUGUUGACGAGAUGAGACAGGCCGACUCCCGUUACGUGGAGGGUAACGUUAGCUCCGCUACUGCCAGCGGACACACCACGCACGUCUCGUCUGGGGUGUCGCCACCCAGUCGUUCCAGCGAUUUACCGGCGAUACAUCUGCGUAGCCCCAAGUCGAAGAUGAGGACAGUAUCCUCAGGCAGUGUGGCACUCCCUUCGACUGAAGCGUCCCUUCAACCAGCGGACCAAUUGCUCGGCCAUGAUUUAAUUGUGGCGACGACAACGCAAAUUCCCGAGCGAACUCGUCCCCCAAUACGCUUUCGCAACCGCAAUCUUUUGGAGUCUGUGCAGGCUCACCUGGCUGAUCACAAUAUGCAACCUCGUUUCAGGAAGCAGCAUAACGAGAACGAGGGUCAGGAGACCGGUCCAUAUCUGUCCGGGGCGGACGAACCUUGUAAUGGGCGCCUCCUUCCUGCGGAACGUACCGAUUCUGGUGCCUCCUCGCUGCUCCUGCGGAUAUGCAACCUAAACCAUGACUCCCAUCGAACUACUGCAGCUUCCCCCUUUGCAAAUUCCCUUGCUUCUGCGACGUCCGCGGGCGACGCCCUAACUCCCGCAGCCCGGAAGCUGUCUGCUCCGGAUAUUAUGGCACGGGCACGGGCACGGCUAGCGAGGUUGAAGGCCUCGUCUGAGUCGCAAGACAAUAGCAACGGCCCGGCAUAUGGGAAGGACGGCGUUACUACAAUCGACGGCAAUGUGACGGAGCAGCUAAACGAGCUUGGAGCCUGGGAGGCACCCGCACAGCUGGGCUUCUCUGCUCAUGCAAACGAUCGUGUCCCUCGAUCGGGAUUGUAUUCUUCAGCGCAGGAGAAUGAAAUCUUGCAUGUUGCCGGUGGUGCGCCGUUGUCUGCGUCUGCGAACAUGCGCUCCGGACUCUUGAGCAGGCUCGCCGAGGAGAAACGUUUACAGAGCGGAGCGUCAUUGACUGCGGGUGUCACACAACUUAGCGAUGACAGGCAAGCAGCGAGCGAUGCGGUUCCUAUGGUAGUUCCCAGUCGUAACGACAAAGAUCAACCACUUGACGAUACUCAACAGUCUGCGAUGGCACGGGCCGCGCAGCGAGAAGUGAUGCUUCGCAGUCAAGCUCAAUCGCAUGUCCGACUUGCGAAAGCGAAACGCCUGGCUGCUGAGCAUGGCGCAGAUCGCAGCAAUUUCUCAGGUUCUCAAGGCGAUGCACCCACCGACGCGGUAUCUCGAGAAAAGUUGCUCAGGGCCACGCUGGUGCGACGAAACGCCUGA